UGUCACCAUUUCUAUACUCUCGCUCUUUUCUGCUGGCGUCUUGGCAGGAUUUCUCCUGCUCUGUGCCUGUCUAUUAUACAUGAUGCUUGGGACUCGCACUAAACAGAUCAACUCAUACGGAAAACGGUCGCAGCGAAUAGUCAGUGUUUUCCAGUCAGAGUCUGGCAGCAAAGCCUCGAUCUUCGAUGACCUGCCUCCAACAAAAUUAGCUCCUGUUGCCUCGAGGAUGAAGAAGAAGAGAUCAGAGAAUGCUGUGGAUGUUAGGCCAAAACUUGCUUCACCAAAACAUAGACAGGUACAGAAGAAGAAGCAGUCGCCCUUAGCUCAACCUUUCAGGCAAAAGCUCAUGCGAGCACAGAUGGGCCGGAAGGUAUCUAAUACCAAGACGGCCGUAGAGAACACCCCUACGCGGACUCCCCUCGCCAUGUAUCCUCUCAAUACUCCCGGAUCUCCUGCAAUACCUUCAGGCCUUCUGCGGAAGAAGGCGAGACCUUCAUCUGCAAUUCGAACACCGCUGAUGAAGACCCGUUCUGACCUGGUGGAAGUGGAUAUUAUCAUUUUGGAUGACCAGGGCAAGACUAUCAGCAGGGAGCGAAGGGUUUCGAAGGGCAAAAAUGUGGAACCUGGCAAUUCAUCCUUUGAACGCUCUGAUAACGAUGAGGGGCUUAUCAGACCACGAAAACGUCUACGUAACUUUGUCAUCACCUCUGAAGAUGAGAGUUCAUCCGACGAUGAGGAUGUUGUUCCCAGUCCAGUUGUAAACCCCAAACUUCAAGUCGUCAAAUUACCUUUACACCCACCAUUACCAGUGCCUUCGCGCUCACUGCCAUAUGUCCUUGUCCCUUCCCCGUCUCCGGAGCUCGCAGCUAUCUUAAAGGCAACUAAUACCACGGACCUGACGUCUCCUCCUCUUGCACCGUUACCGUUAAUCGAUUAUGACUUACCUCAUAUCGUCAAACCGAGAAAACUCACACCUAUCAAAGGUCGUGGACGUGGCUUUCUCCGUCCUCCUAGUCCUCCUUCGCCACUCUCCGACUCCGACCUUGAAAUUUCUUUCUCAGAUUUGGACCUCGGAGUUGAUAUCGGUCCCGUGGACACUUCAUUGGAACUGCCUCCGGUAAUCCCUGAGUAUCUCAGGCCUCUCUUGGAGGAAUGCCAACAGUCUAUGACUGGAUUACACGAAUUUUCUGCAUUCAUCGAUACAUUCGCCUUUGAUCCAGCUGUUCGUGGCAUCUUGCCAGCGAAAAAUCUACGCUUCAGAAAAGUUGGAGAGGCAAGCUUCUCUGAGGUGUUUGGGAUAGGUGAUGUUGUCCUCAAAGUCAUACCCCUUCGCGAUGAAAGUGGUUCAUCUUUGAGCGGGAGUCAGAAGGCACGGAUGUGCGAUUGCGCAGAUCUCCCGGCGCCGACCGACGCUAAAGAUGUUUUGAAAGAAGUUAUUGUGACACGGGCCAUGGGAGAGGUGUGUGAGCGAUUUGUCAAACUGGUCAAAGCAUACGUGGUCCGAGGACGUUAUCCAGAGGUGUUACUUGAGCUAUGGGAUCGGUACGCAGAGGAACUUGGUUCAGAAAGUGUUAGGCCUGAUUCUUUUAGCGUUUCCCAAGCUUAUGCAAUUAUCGUUCUUCCAAAUGGUGGACCUGACCUGGAAGCGUUUACCUUUUCAAAUUCAAGUAAACGAUGGAGGCACGCCUGUAGUAUAUUCUGGCAAGUUACGAAGGCACUAGCUCGGGCUGAGCAGUUGGUCUCUUUUGAGCACCGCGACUUACACUGGGGCCAAAUUCUGAUCAAGGAAUUACCGAUGGCGUCAGGCCUUCCUAUGCAACAGCAACAACUGAAUACCCCUGCCCGUAAACAUUCAACGAAGACCCACAUGGACGAUUCAAGUAUGGGUAUCGAAGUCACUUUGAUUGACUUGGGGCUGGCGCGUAUGGACGCUGGGGACGGACAGGGAGGAGAAAUGAUCCAUUGGACGCCCUUCGAUGAAGACGUGUUUACGAGUGAAGGAGAUUAUCAAUUCGAUAUCUACCGAAUGAUGAAGAAGCAAAACGGAGACAGCUGGGAGACGUUCACCCCAUCGACAAACGUCCUAUGGUUGCACUAUGUCUUGACCAGGCUCCUACACUCGAAAGGUUUAAGAGCGCCAGCAGUUCCCCGUCAAGGCGUUCAUCACCCAUCUUCACAAUUCACCGAGCGCGAUUGCUACGAAUGCCUCAUCGAUAUAGAGCAGUGGUUAGCGAAACUUACGAAGCCGUUACUUGCUUCAACAAAAAAAGCCAAGAGCAAGAAAAAGGUGGCCGCGCCGAAGGUCGGUGACGCGCCCCCACUUUGUGCUGGAGAGAUUGUGGAAUAUGGUAUCAAGAAGCGAUGGGUGAAGGCGUUGUCAAAUUUAUAGUGGUAUACGAAGUUUCUUGCUAUUUCUUGCUAUGUAUCUCGUUUUGGAAUCUAUGGAAUCGAUGUGUUGUACACUAUGUUUGUAGACCUUGCAUUAU